UACGUAACCCAGUGAGAGAAGAAAAGUGUCUACUUGCUGGUAACAAGCUCGAGGCGAAUGACAGACAGCAGGUCCAAUUGUUUAUGGAACAAAGCUUUAAAUACGUCAUUCAUUAUUCAAAAUAUUUUUUUCUCGAGUCAAAACUUUUGAUAAAUUAGGGAGUCUAUAUAUAUUCAGAUGUAUCUAUCUUAUCAAUAUCAAAACAAGAUUGAUACUAUAGUAGUUUGAACACUCCUUGGCCCGCAGUGCCGCACGGAAAUCGCGAGAGCUGAAGAAGAAGAAGUAACAAUGUUAUCAGUUCACAGAAAAUAUAUCUAAAAGAACUGAACCCCAAGUGGUUUAAUAUGAGCAGGACUACACUAUCUUUCAAGCUUUUCUUUGUUCUUACAUUGGUCGUAUUUCUUGUUUAUGUUUUUGCUCAAAAUGAUAUCGCCGAAGCAAAACGACUCAACGCAAACAUGGUUAAUAAAAACAUCUUACGGCAGUUAGAAAGAAAUGAUUACAAAUAUAAAGAUAAUAUCGAUGUUUUGAAUUUGAGUAAAAAGACAUUGAUGGCCAAACAAGUAAAUGCUCGCAUUAGGAAACACAUUUCAACGAGCGAAAUCACUGGAGGCAAAAAUGAUGAAAAGUUGCAUAUCGCAAAAAGACAGAUAAUAGCCCCUGGAUAUUACGAAGCUGAGUGCUCAGAAAAGAAACCUUGUAAAGAAGGAAAAUAUUGCAAUCUUCUGUACUGCGAAGAUUGCCACAAAGAAAAGAUGGCUUGCGCACGCGAAAAACAGUGCUGCAAAGGAAUGGAAUGUACGUUUGGUCGCUGCGAGAAAAAAUCAAAAGGAGAUCCAGGGACGUUUUGUGAGAAAGAUUCAGAUUGUAAGUCAGAUUCGUGCUGCGUCCUUGAGCCAACAGUUAAUACAUUGCUGCCAAUAUGCAAGCCCAAACUCGCCGAAUACCAUCAAUGUGCUUCAGUGUUGUACAGGAAAGUUUGGAUUGGAGAGAAACCUGACUGCGGUCCUUGUAAGCAGGGACUCGAGUGCGCACAAAAAGGGAUUCUUGCAAGUCAUCAAGUCUGUAUGAAACCAAAGAAAUAGCGCGCGAAGAAUCGAUAACCACUACGUACUAUAUCAGUAAGAAGGUCUUUAGUUGGACAUGAUUGUUCCCUAUCGAACCUUCAAGAUAUCUUGAGACAACUUAACUCAUCCUCAGAACCUGCUGCGUUCUCCAUUGACAACGCUUGCGUUCCUCGACCUCUAUACUGACAAGAUGGAUCGCAGGGUCUGAGGACGAUACCUAUACCAAAGAGUCUUCUGCCGUCCCUGCUUUCUUGGCCAUAGCACCAACGGCAUUGACCAAAAAGCAGGAGCAUGACACAUGAAUAACCAUAAAAAAUAACCAUGAAUGUGCAUCACUGACAUAGCUCUAUAGUUAUUUAGUAUACGGUUUGCAAGAUCUAUGACUAAAAUUUAUUGUAUUGAUGGUUUUCAACCAUUUCCAAGAAAAUUAAAUAACGAAAGACACGGCGGCCAUGUAGGAGGAUAUAACAAAAGAAUUCAUUGAGAAUUGUUUUGUUAAGUUCCUCCAACAUGGCCGACGUGAAAACCAUCAAUUGACCGAUAUCUUGUUCGUGGGUUCGUUCUUCUGUAGUGGAAUUCAUCAUAUUUUUUUCCGAGUUUCAUUGUACAAUUCAACUCCAUUUAUGUUUAUUCUACAUAUAUAUUUUGCUUAUGUUCUAAUAAAAAUAAAGACGGCAUAAAACUAUUUAGUUCUUAGGUUUCUAAUAUUAUAAUAAAUUCAACAAAAUUACUCGAUUCUGAUAGGAACAAGAGGAGUGCAACUUAAUUCCAAAUUUUACUCUUUAGAGUCCAUAUUAAGUAGCUCAAUUUUGUUGAGUGUAUAUUAUAAACAAAAAAUCGCACUAUCUUCUCGUACAAUUCGGAGUUUAAAUACUCGUGGUGAAAGUUCUCAAAUUGGACUCGAUCGCCUGAAUGCCUAGUCUCCCCCACAGUCGCUUUCAGUGUCGUCACGCAACGUUUUCUCCCCGAGUAGCUACCACUCAGGGGACUGAAGCGUACUAAAGGCGUCUCGUCCAAUUUUGAAAACUUUCAAAACAUCACAGCACUCGUACCUAUAAAAUUUCGAAUUGUACUCGAGAUCGUGCGAUUUCCAAUACUAACUUAAUAUUUUUUUGGCAAUGUCAGCAUAUUUUCGCCAGCCAUAUUAUGCCCUAAAUCAAGUCUGUACACAAUUUUUUACAUGUGAAAACCAGACUGAAGAAUAUCAACCUCUUUACAAUAAAUUACUAUUUUUAUUGAAGA